AACACCAGUGGACAGAGGAGAUAUCAGACUGUCAGCUGAAGUGCUCCCUGACAGAGAGAACAACUGUUUCUCUGUAUCUGCAGUUGUUUCUUCAUUAUUAAGGAUAUUUUAUCAUUUUUUCCAUCCAUGACGAUAUUUCUGAACACAUGAGAAAAGGCAUUUUUGUAAGAAGCUGAACUGUCGUUGGAAAAUAUUCUGUUCAUGUUCGUCAAGAUGAGAUCAGUCAAAGUUUCUCUUCUUUUUCUUCUUCUUCUCGCCGUUCACUCUGGGACAUGGAAUCCAGCAGAUUCUGAACUGCCAUCAGCCAUUGACCAAAUUCAGCAGAAACAAACCUUUCCAUUCCUAAUCCCAGACACCACCACAGCCCCAACCCCAGCUCCUACCCCUGAAGCAACUGAGGAAGACGAUUAUCUGGGUCCACCUGAGUGCCUGGAUAAGAAGUUGACUCGUGCAUCCUGUGACCUCGUGUUUUGUCCUCCAUGGGAACGUUGCAUUGAAGGGCAAUGCUCUUGUAAACCACCCUAUCUGUGUCCCACUGAGGGCGUGACUCCAGUUUGUGGACGAGACCAUCGACAGUACCGCUCUUACUGCCAGGUGAUGGCGCUCUCAUGUCGGACCAAGAGACCUGCCAUGUCCCACUUUGGGGAAAAUUGUGAAGAAACGUUUGAAACUUCGAUAGACUCAGAAACAGGAGUGAUCAAGGUCUCCAUUCCUGACCCUAAAACACCUGGAGCCAAGGAGGAUUUUCUGAUUUGUCGGAAACUAUGGGAUAUGGCAGCUGCUAACGUGGCCUGCAAGAACCAUGGGAAGCCGCUUGGGGCAGUGAAUGUUGGUGGCAUUCACUUUUCAACCCUGAAAAACAACCAUCCGCACAAACACUUCCCAGGCAGCUGUGUCAGCAUCCGCUGCCAAGGUUAUGAGACUUCCCUCGCUGAGUGCGUAAUCUACGACAAUAUAAGGACUGGCAACAGGAAGGUCGCCACAGUGACCUGUUACAAUGCAUCACAGGCACCAAAUGAGGACUCUGACUUCAGCUGUGUGAAUGGGAAGCGUGUGUCUCAGAAGCAGACGUGUGACGGAGUUGACGACUGUGGCGACCGCAGUGAUGAGAUGUGCUGCAAAAAUUGCAGGAAUGGUGCUCACCGCUGCAAGACGGGUGUUUGCGUUCAUAAAGACGCACUCAGAGAUGGACAGAUCGACUGCCUGGAUGGACACGAUGAAUCAGUCGAACCCAAAUUUGCAUACACAAGGUCAGAGAGUGGACACAUGCUACCCCAAAACACAGAGUACACCUCUCCCAAAAAAGAAACAAGGAUCAGCAGAGAGCAUCUGGAGUCCCAGUUAUACUGUGGGAUUCCCAAUGCGACCACAGUGGACGAUGAGGAAGUUGAGGACCGAGGAAGGAGGAGUGUCCGAGUUAAGAGAGUGGUGGGAGGAAUUCCGGCAAGACCGACUCAGAUCCAGUGGCAGGUUGCAAUAGAGGAGCACAGGAAGAUUGACUGUGGAGGAGCUUAUAUCGGAGGCUGCUGGGUAAUCACUGCCGCUCACUGUGUCAGACCCAACCCCUCUGCGUUCAUGGUGAAGUUUUCUCUCUGGAAGAAGUCUAGAGCUCAAAACACGACAGACAUUGUUCCUGUUGAGGAGAUUCGCAUCCAUCCCAAGUACAACGCCAGCAGCUACGAGAACGACAUUGCUCUGAUUAAGCUGGAGAAGCUUCCGUUCAAGAACAAAUGUUUUGUGGAUAACCCGGCUGUCAGCGCUGUCUGUGUUCCCUGGUCCACCCACCUCUUUCAACCCAACCACACCUGCAGCAUCUCUGGAUGGGGACGAACCGCAGAUGGCAAAGCAGCUCAGGUGUUGCUCUGGGCCAACGUAUCCCUCAUCGAUGACUGCCAGAGAUUCUAUAAAGGUCGCUUCAAACCAGGCAUGAUGUGUGCAGGUGAUCUGGAGGGCAGUGUGGACUCCUGUCAGGGCGACAGUGGAGGUCCUCUGGUUUGUGAAGAUGAACUUGGUGUUUCCUACCUGUGGGGGAUCGUCAGCUGGGGAGAGAAGUGUGGUCAGCCAGGAUUCCCUGGAGUUUAUACACAGGUCGCUCAUUACUUUGAGUGGAUCAGACUUCAUACAGGUUGGCCUGCAGUCACCAAGUUCAACUCCUGAUAAAACACACACACACACAUAUGUAUACACACAAUUAUAUUCUUUCAACCUAUUUUUUGUUUACUGGUUGUAUGGUAAGAAAAUACCACUUUGCACCCAAUAAAAUUCCAGUGAAAUACA